GUGUGUGCGUGUGUGUUGGUGUUUUUGUGAGUGUGUAUAUUUCUGGGCAGAGUAGGUUUAUCUGUGAGCACCAGCUAUGUGCGUCACUCUGCUGUCUCUGCCACUGCACUUCCAGACUCAAACACUCACACUCACUCUCACACAGUCGCUUACAACAUACAGGCGCAGCACACACUCCAGAGGAAGGUAUGGGGCUCCAGACAGGCUGUGUGAUCAUGUCCAUGGUCUUCAGCAUCAUGACUGCUGCAAGUGCUGCUGUGGAGGCGUGUCCAUCUCCAUGUUCCUGCACCAGGAGCGUGGUCGAUUGCAGUAGGCGUGGCCUUCACACCUCUAGCAUGCCCACCUCCUUCCCCGCGGGCACCACAGAGCUUCGUCUCUAUGACAACCGCCUGACUGCGCUGCCUGUCGGAGUGCUGGAUGCACUAACUAGUCUGAGGAGCGUCUCGUUGCAUGGCAACCCCUGGUCAUGUGACUGCGGCAUCCUCUACCUGCGAGGAUGGCUUCUCAAGCAGAGGAACGAUGGCCUUAUAAGGAACGUGAGCUGUAGUUCUCCCCCUGGCCUGCAGGGUACGCUGGUGGUGAAUCUGGUGGAACAUGACUUGCUCUCAUCCUGCCGCUACUGGUUCUGCGACAUAGCUCUAGCAUCCCAGAUAAGUCUUAUCAUCUUCAUCAUCAUCCAGGCUCUUCUGUUGGCCUCUGUUAUUUUCUUCCUCCGGCGCUUCGACCGCCUGUCCAAAGAGGCCCGACGGACUACAGAGGAAAGCAUUGCCGGGGGAGACUCUGGUGACAACGAAUAUGUCAUGCUGAAAGACAGAAGCACUUGACGGGGUCUAGGAACAUUCAAUCAUAUCACAGAUAGGCGGAUUUGAGGGGAUAUUAUAUUAACAUUUUAUUCUUUUGCACCAGAUCCACCACAAAUUAGUUGGUUACAAUAACAGUUUUGUGCUCUGCACAAAGAGAGCCAGCCAUCCAAACUGAGAGAUCACUGAUAUAUCUCCUCUCAUUUUGUCUUUAUCGCUUAAGUGUUGAUAAGUACGUAGAGUCAAAUAUAAAAUUUCAGAGACUGAAGUGCACGGUCAUGAUUGCAUGUUCAAUGUGGUUACAAAUCUACAUUUUACAUACUGUACAGUCCACAAUAUUCAACAGGGACAUUUUGUGACCACAGUGACCUCAUGAAAUUGGCGGCAACAUACCUUUAUGCCUGUUUCAGAGGCUAAAUAAUCUCCAUGAUUCCUUAAAUCAACUAUCUGAAUGACCAAAUUAGCAUGAGCUGGGAGAAAUGGGGUUAUAUCUGUGGGACAAACAGAUUUUUUUUGCCUGUUUUACUUUGCCUUUUGCUGAAAAGACUUCAUAACUGUAAUGUGAUGAGAUGCACAUUCUCCUUUUAUAUAAAGUGUUUCUGUAUAUGUGGUUUGAAAUAAACUAGUAUUUUGGUUUGAA